CCAACCCGGAACUAGUCUGGCUCCCUUGGGAAGGCCGCGGCGCUUGGCCUGGAGCGAGCUUGACCGUUGAGUGCGGGCCACGGGGUCCAGGCCUUGGACAGGGAGACGCCCUCGUUCUCGGAGGCACCAGACCAGGCACGCCCUCGGCCGGAGGUUGGACAGUCUGGAAACUACAGGCGUCCCCGCCCAGCUGGACCAUGGCGCCCCCGAGGAACGUGGUGAAGAUCGCGGUCCAGAUGCGUGACGCCAUCCCGCAACUCAUCCGGCUGGACCAGGCAAAGCCUCUGGCUGCUGUGCUGAAGGAGGUGUGCGACGCGUGGAGCUUGGUUCACUCUGAACGCUAUGCCCUGCAGUUUGCUGAUGGACAUAGGAAAUACAUCACUGAGAACAACCGUACAGAGAUCAAGAAUGGCAGCAUCCUGUGCCUCAGCACUGCCCCAGACCUUGAGGCUGAGCGACUGUUGGGUGGGCUGCAGUGUGGGAGCCGUGAAAGGCGCCGGGAAACUCUGCAGCACCUCGUCUUGCUGGCCCCAGACAUGACCUUUGCCCAGGAGGUCAUCAGCCGUGAUGGGCUUCAGAGACUAGGCACCAUCAUUGAGGAUGGAGAUGACUUAGGGGAAUUGCUGGCCCUUGCACUGAGGGCCUUCUUGGAGCUCAUGGAACAUGGCAUGGUGUCUUGGGAGACGCUCAGCAUCCCUUUUGUUAGGAAGGUGGUAUGCUAUGUGAACAUGAACUUGAUGGAUGCAUCUGUGCAGCCCCUGGCUCUCAGGCUGUUGGAGAGUGUGACUUUGAGCAGCCCUGCCCUGGGCCAGGUGGUCAAAAGUGAGGUGCCACUGGAUAGGCUGCUGGUACACCUACAGGUGAUGAACCAGCAGCUACAAACCAAGGCUAUGGCCUUGCUGACAGCCUUGCUGCAGGGGGCCAGCUCUACUGAACGCAAGCACAUGCUUGACUACCUGUGGCAGAGAAACCUUCGCCAGUUCAUCUAUAAGAACAUCAUCCACAGUGCAGCACCGCUGGGCGAUGAGAUGGCUCAUCAUUUGUAUGUACUGCAGGCCCUUAUGUUGGGGCUGCUGGAGCCACGUAUGCGGACACCACUGGACCCCUACAGCCAGGAACAGCGGGAGCAGCUGCAGGCCCUGCGCCAGGCUGCCUUUGAUCCUGAAGGGGAGUCUUUGGGCACCGGGCUGAGUGCUGACCGUCGCCGUUCCCUCUGUGCCCGCGAGUUUCGAAAACUGGGCUUCUCUAACAGCAACCCUGCACAGGAUCUAGAGCGAGUGCCCCCCGGCCUGUUGGCCCUGGACAACAUGCUUUACUUCUCCAGACAUGCACCUAGUGCUUACAGCCGGUUUGUGUUGGAGAACAGCAGCCGUGAGGACAAGCAUGAGUGCCCCUUUGCCCGGAGCAGCAUCCAGCUGACUGUGCUGCUGUGUGAGCUGCUCCGCAUUGGGGAGCCCUGCUCCGAAACAGCCCAGGAUUUUUCACCCAUGUUCUUCAGCCAAGACCAGAGUUUCCAUGAGCUCUUCUGUGUGAGCAUCCAGCUGCUUAAUAAGACCUGGAAGGAGAUGCGGGCCACCCAGGAGGACUUUGACAAGGUCAUGCAAGUGGUGCGGGAGCAGCUGGCCCGCACGCUGGCCUUGAAGCCCAGCUCCCUGGAGCUUUUCCGAACCAAGGUGAACGCGCUCCCCUACGGGGAGGUCCUGCGGCUAAGACAGACAGAGCGGCUCCAUCAGGAGGGCACACUGGCCCCUCCCAUACUGGAGCUGCGGGAGAAGCUGAAGCCGGAACUCAUGGGCCUGAUCCGCCAGCAGCGUUUGCUCCGCCUCUGUGAGGGGACACUCUUCCGCAAGAUCAGCAGCCGGCGACGCCAGGACAAGUUGUGGUUCUGCUGCCUGUCCCCUAACCACAAGGUGCUACAGUAUGGGGACGUGGAGGAGGGUUCCAGCCCACCCACCCCUGAGAGCCUACCUGAGCAGCUCCCUGUGGCUGAUAUCAAGGCACUGCUAACAGGCAAAGACUGCCCCCACGUCCGGGAGAAAGGCUCAGGGAAGCAGAACAAGGAUCUCUAUGAGUUAGCCUUCUCAGUCAGCUAUGACCAUGGGGAGGAGGAGGCAUACCUCAACUUCAUCGCCCCAUCCAAACGGGAGUUCCACCUGUGGACAGAUGGGCUGAGCGCCCUGCUGGGAAGUCCCAUGGGUAGUGAGCAGACUCGGCUGGACCUGGAACAGCUGUUGACGAUGGAGACCAAGCUGCGGUUGUUGGAGCUGGAGAAUGUGCCCAUUCCUGAGCAGCCACCUCCCAUCCCCCCGCCCCCCACCAAUUUCAACUUCUGCUAUGACUGCAGCAUCCCUGAACCUUGACAGUGAGGUUGGCCGUGGGCCACAGCUGCUGGCACUGCGGCAACCAUGAAGGGUGGAGGGUGGAAAAGCCCAGACAUCCGGACAAACAGAGGCUGCAGCAGAAAUAAAGUCUGCUUGGCUCUUA